AUGCUCAACCCGACGACCCAUGAGCUGGUCUUCAUCCGUACCUGUGUCUUCAUUCUCGCAUACCUACCCUUCAUCAUACCCUUUCUGCCUCCCCCCUUCUGGGUUCUCCUGCCGGUUGAGGGACUUUAUUACUUCUUCAUCCUCAGGCCGUUCGAGCGUAGGCUGUCGCAUUCAGCCAGGCACCCGCCAUACGAUGUCGACAGAAAGGCUCUUUUCCAGCGCUGCCUGGACAACGUGCCCGAUCCAGAGCGCUACCUGAGCCUGUGGGCUUUGGGCGCACAUCCCGACGAUAUCAAACGGGAUAAUGUCAGGGAUUUCCUGCUCUGGGCAUUCUUCGAUCGAGACAGUCUCGCACCCGAGAUCGAGGACGAGCUUGAGGAAUACAUCAGCCGGACCGAGGAGCUCCUCGGCCGCCCCCUCGCUCCUGGGAGAGGCCGUGCCACGCCCAUGCGCCUGACUUUCGACCAUGUCCACACCAGAUAUCGCAGCGUUGCUUGGUACAUCACCGUCGGCCUUGUUGAUUCGGCUACCCAUUGCCACCUGCUCUGGCACGGUUUCGAAUUCUGGCCGUCCUCCUUGCGCACGAGUCUCCUGCAUGUUUUCCCCCCUCGCCUGCUGGCCUCAGCCGAACGUUUCAGACGACAGUCGCCAUCCGAUGAGCUGUGCUACUGGUAUCGUCGUCCUCAGGGUCUUGCCACAGCGACGUUGCCCACACUUCCGAUAGUCUUCCUCCACGGCAUCGGCAUCGGCCUUUACCCCUAUGUCUCUUUUCUCGCCUCGCUCCCACCAACCAGCCCCAUACUCGCCCUUGAGAUUCUUCCCAUCAGCAUGCGGCUGACAAAGUCCAACAUCCUGGCGAGACCAGACUUCAUACUGCAUCUCAAGAAGAUUCUUCAGUACCAUAACAUUGAUCGAUUCGUCCUCGUCGGGCACUCCUACGGCACUGUCAUGGCAACCCACGUCUUGCACGACCCGCAGUUAAGCCUGAGGGUUGAGGCUGUCAUGUUGGUCGAUCCGGUCACCCUCCUACUACAUUUACCGGAUGUGGCCUACAACUUCACGAGAAGGACACCCCGAACUGCCAAUGAGUGGCAGCUAUGGUACCUGGCGAGUAUGGAUCCAGGCAUAGCAUUGGUUCUGGGGCGACAUUUCUUUUGGAGGGAGAACAUCAUUUUCAAGGACGAGUUGGUCGCAGGCCGCCAAGCAGCAGUCUGCCUCUCCUCGCGCGACCUCAUCGUGGACACCAUGGCUGUAGCACGGUACCUCAUCAGUGAUGAUGAUAACGAUGAGGUCCACAAGGUCCUAGAAGCUGCCAAGAAGUCAAGUGUCAUGACCAGCUCAGGAAUUGAAUUGCUCUGGGUCGAGCUGGACCAUGCGCAGGUGUUCGACAAGAGCCAUGACUAUACCCGGAUCGUAGAGACGAUUCGACGAUUCGUUAUUCAAUGA